UCAUUGAUCCUCUUAGCCCUCGAGAUUUAGGCUUUCUUAUGAGAAUGCUUGAUGUAAAAUUACUUCGUAGGAGGGUUGGAGAUCAAAUUCAUAGAUAUUAUCAGAUUUCAUAUGAUGAUCUUGAGGCUUCUCUAUCAAGGAUUAGCAAUACUAAACUUAGUGUGAAGGACCUUGAUUAUAAAACCCUUGGUGAACAACUUGAGCCUAAUAAAGAUAUUGUAGCUAUUAAUAGCAAUUUCAUUCACAAAGCUUACGAAGGUUUUGAGAACUUUAUUGCUCGACCCAAGAAGUUAACAGCUAGAAAGAAAAAAUUGAUGGCUAUGCCUCUUUUCAAAGAACGAAAAAAAGUUGGAGAUGGGACUUGCUUUCAAUCUUGCCUUGACAUUGUUAUAUUAAUUGAUACAAAGCAUUAUAGAAUGCGCUAUUUUCCUAGGAGUGGAGAUUUACAUGUAUUCGGGGUCAUAGAUGAAAAUUUUCGAUCUGGUGAACUUGCUGUUCAAACAUUCAUUAACUAUCUUAAGGAAUCUAAUGGGCUUACUGAGUUUGAAACAGUCGAAAUAAUUAAAAGUAAGCCUUCAUUGUUAAACUUUAAGUAUCAUAUGAUAUUACCUUCUAAUUUUCUCGUUGAUAUUUCAAGGCUUGAUUCUAUUCUUGCUAAUGAUUUGUAUCCUCCUCCAUUUAAAAUUCUUUAUAGAGCUGAUCCCAUUGCUUCUAUUAGAAAGCUUUCUAUUAUAUUUGAAUCUAAUGGAAAGAAAACUCGAGUUAUGAUUUGGCCUAGUGGGAAGAUAAAUAUAAUGUCUGUAACUUCAUAUUUUGAUGCCCUCAAAAUAUAUCACUUCUUGUGUGCAAUUUUCGAAUCUGAAGCUUCAAAUCUGCUUGCAAUUGCUCCUACUCCUGAUCCCCCUCAGCCUAAAGCACCUGCAUACUUCCCAGAUGAAAUAGCUUUAGGUCUUG